AUGAGACCCCUAUCACAGUCAUGGUACUACUGGGCUAUGGUCGCACUUCUCAUCGCUCAGGUGUUUCUGUCGGUGAACUAUCAUAUUUUGAUUUGUAACUUGCCGAUUGCAAAUACACUGCUUUUACUUGUGAUUAUGGCUCAUCAUGGAUAUACGCUUGGAGACGAAGCUCGUCCACUUUUUCACAGAAUCUGUGGCUGUGUGGCGUUCAUUGCCGUAUUGUUCGUGAACACGACUCAUGCACUUGAACUUCUUACCAAUUAUGGUAGUGAUGAUGGUCAUUCUCAUUCACAUAGUGAUGAAGAUCAUGAUUCGAACCACACCUAUGGAUUUGUUCCAAAAGAAUACGUUAUUGUGAGUAUCUUUGACGUCGCCCUAAAAUGUCUUGUGCUAGCACUGGGUCAUAUUCCUUCAAUGGGAUUGCAUCCAGUACCACGACUAGUAUUACACACACUUAGCCCAACUAUGGUUAUUGGAAUGUAUGCUGCUGGACUUUCAAUCCCUCUGUCAUUUGGUGAGUCAUGGCUAUGGCAACAUGUGGAUCCGGUGAUCGCUGUCAUCUCAACCAUAUUAUUUUUCUUUCUUAUCAUUCCUUCAUUCGAAGAAAUGAUGCCCUACAUAUUCGCACAUACACCUGCUAAAUUUCACGUAGAGUCAUUUCAAAAUGAAAUUUCGGCAACAGUAGACAAGUCAAAGCAAAGUUGGUCUGCUGAGGCUGUUUUGCGCUACUCCGAAGUUCGGCAAAAUGUUACAAGUGUGCUGACGAGAGCAGGCGCUCAGAAGGUCGUCGUUGAACCUUGCUUCCUAGACGCCACUGAGAUCGGACGUCCAUGGGUCGGAUGCGUUGGUGCCACAUGCUUCCGACAGGAUCGUGGCUGUUGCAAAGUGGAUGACAAGACGGAGGUACAGAGUGAGUGCUGA